CACAUCCAAGUACACCGUGUUUGUGAUAAUAUGUUAAUAUUUUCAUUUAUCUAUAAAUUCUUAGGUAUUAAUUUUGUCAGCUUCGACCGAAGUUUUUAGUCUAUAAUAUAUUAGUAAGGUAGAUUCAUUUCUGAAAGGUUUUAAAGUUUUGGUGUUGUGAAGCGAAUAUCAUGAGGUUGUUAAUAUUUCUCAUUUCAACAAUUAGUGCAGUGAACUGUGCAAGGGUUCUAGGAUUCUUCUAUUUUCCUUCUAUAAGCCAUCAGUUCGUUUACCAAUCAAUUAUGAAGGAAAUGUCUCUACGGGGACAUGAUGUAACAUUUGUUACACCGAAUCCUCUGAAUGAUCCUUCUUUGGUUAACCUGACGGAGAUUGAUGUUAGUGUUGCUUACGAGUCUUUCCGCAAAUAUGAUUUGUCAAAUUUCGGCAGAUCAUCCCACAGCGUUUUCACAAUAGCCAGAAUCAUGAAUUCAUUCAGUGAGGAAGUAAUAAAAGUAGAAAUGGGUCAGAAAAGUGUACAAGAACUCCUGCAAAAACCAAACGACGCUUUCGAUUUGAUCCUAAUAGAACCGCAUACACCAUUUUUCUUCGGUCUACAGAGGAAAUUUGAUGCUCCGCUCAUAGCUGUCUCUUCCUUGAACGUUUAUUCGUAUUACCAUCACUUGACAGGUAAUCCGACACACCCAGUAUUAUAUCCAGACUUUCUUUCUGGGAAAAGUGGACGGCUCACUACCAUGAUGGAAAAACUUGACAGUACGUUCGUCAACAUAAUGUGGAUGUUAUUGAGUGAUUUAGUUGUGUUUCCGAGGGCAGAACUGUUGGCGAAUAAAUAUUUUGGUGAUAAAGGUUCACCAAUUAAAGAAAUAAUAAAAAAUACAAGUUUAUGGAUGCUUAACGUCAAUCCAAUUUUUUCAUGUGGGAGACCCAAUGUUCCCAAUGUCAUAGAAUAUUUCAAUAUUCAUCUGGAUAGAACUGAGUCUUUUUCGAAGGAUCUCCAAGAAGUCCUGGAUAAUUCGAAGGAAGGAGUGGUAUAUUUCAGUUUGGGAACAAAUGUCAGAUUCGAUCAUGUUCAAGGAGACAUAAAGAAGACUAUACUGGAAGCUCUUGGUGAUCUACCAUAUACUGUCAUAUGUAAAUGGGAAUCCGAUAGAGCUGAAGGUCAGCCAAAGAAUGUGCACUUGAGAAAGUGGGUUUCGCAACAAGCCAUUUUAGCGCAUCCAAAUGUGAAAGUGUUUGUCACUCAAGGUGGACUCCAAUCUUCUGAAGAAGCAAUCAGCAAUGCAGUUCCCCUUGUUGUCAUCCCAUUCCUCAGCGAUCAACCGUUAAAUGCAAAAAUUUUAACGUCCAAGGGUAUGGCAGAGACGAUUUCACCCAAAGAUUUAAACAGAACAAUCUUGACUGAAACCAUUAUGAAGGUUGCGAAAGAUGAGAAAUAUAGGAAUAAGGCAAAAGAACUUCGAGAUAUUUUCUUGGAUCAACCACAAUCUGGAAUACAUAAUGUAAUUUGGUGGUGCGAGUACGUCAUCAGACAUAAAGGCGCAAAACACUUGAGGAGUCCAGCUGCAGACAUACCACUUUACGAAUAUUUCAUGCUAGAUGUUCUAGCUGUAGUUCUCAUUGCCUUAUAUUUAGUAUUCAAGGUAACGAAGACAAUAAUCAGAAUUUUAAUGUUAUUCCUGAGGACUACCCUUCCAACGACCUCUGAAAAGAAGAAAACAAAUUGAACGAUCUGAUACACCAAGUUUUCUGACAUCAGUUGGUUAUUUGAUCUUUGAAUAUCAAUAAAUGAUGAGUUAUAUUUCAUAAUGAAAAAAUCAUCAUCGUUUGAAUGAAUUAUAUGGUUGGAAUUAAGAAUUUAUUUGUAAAUAGGAAUUUUAAAAUGUGUAAUAGAAUAUCGAAUUCCAUUGUGAUACAAUAGAAUAUAUUUUAAAU